UGUUUCAGGCCAGCGCUGGGUUAUUUAACGCGCCUUGAAGAUGUUUAAAUCGCUCCCCAACUGUCAUUUUGGAAGGACAAAGGGGCAAAGCCACUGGUUUCAACUGUUUUAAGGUAAGUUUCUAUAAUGUUUUCAUAAAUAUUUUUUUUAAAUUAGCAGAAUUAAAUAAUUUUUCGCGGCAACGACUUUGUUAAACUUGUUAAAAUGUAAUUUUACAUUAGUUAUGUAAAAUGACACACAAUUUACUUCAGAAGGCUGUUCUACAUAUAAAGUUACUCGCAUAGUCGUUUUAAGGUAUAUAAAACGACAGAUUAAUAAAGUUUUAUUAAGUAGUAUCAGACAGUGAAGGUAAAAAAUAUGAAUAUCCCUGGAAAUAGUGGAAAGUGUCGUUGCUGAAACCGAAAAGUGAAUUGAACAAUGUGAGUCUAAUGAAUUUAAAACAAGUGAGGAGUAUUUUACUAUGAAUUUCACAGCUCGAAAGUAAAACGCCUACAAUUGUCCAUAUCAACAUGUAAAUCUGAUACAAAGUAACGUUACAUAAAAUGUCUCGGGUCUAAUUGAACCGACAAAUCGAAUCAAAUGAACCGGUUCAUCAAUUUUCGAACAAAGUGAUUCCCGCCGGAAAGGGAUCAACAUCUCAGGGCCUCUAGUUAAUAAACCUAACGUUCAAAGCACGCGCAUGUAUAGCGUGUUACAUGAGGUGAUUUGAUGUGAUUUAUAAUGUCCUUUUACGCACGUAAAUUGAGGAUUUAAGUAACGUAAUGUAAUUCAAAAUGUAUUUUUUUUUCUAGUAAGAAAAGCACAUGGAUUCAUUCGUGAGGGGAAAACUCGUCGAGUGGCAGUUACCCAGUCUUAUCGAGACAUUUAACGAUGAAGAAAUUGAUGAGGAAAGUUUCAUGCUACUUGAUGACCGUACAAUCACAAGCCUCAUACCAAAAGUUGGACUUCGUGUCAAGUUCCUAAAGUACCACAAAGAGCUCGUAAAGAAACAUGGGGUUGAAAAUGCCAGUCCUUCAGCUGUUCACAUAACUGACACAGAAGAAGCCACUGUUGCAGCAGGAGAUAAUGCAGAAGAUCUGGCAAUUACACCACUGCCAUUCAUUCAAAUAAUACCCAUUUUUAAUAUUAAAGAGAUUCUCAUGGCCUCUCAUGAGGGGAGAUGGAUUUCGGCUGCUUUAGAGAAGGAAAAAAGCAUCACAAUUAAACAGAGGCGUGCAUUGGUGCGACUCCUGGUGGCCUUUUUAAUUGAAAAGUUUGGCGAAAUGCCAACUUCUGACACCAAGAAGGCUAUGGCAGUGGCAUUAAUUGAAGAGUUUCCCUGCCUUAAAGACAUUAGAGGCAAUGGCUAUGAGGCAUUUUACACAGCAGGUCGAAACCACCAUCCAGCCACAGGCUUCAUUGAGGAGCGCUUACGAAACAUCAGAAAGAGAAUGAGAAAACUUUCCAGACCUCAAAGACAUGAAGAGGACACAUCACAUAGGAUGGUAAUCCCUGAACCUACUAUUCCAACGGAGAGAGCCCAAAGUCUUGUGAAGUGGCUGAAAAAUAAUCAUGCACCUAUUAACCAAGUGGUAGAGAAUAUGAAGGAGACAGCCUUAUAUCGGGCUAAGUGGAUACGACAGAAUAGGACAAAGAGUAUCACAGAGGUUCUCCAUGAGUUCCCGCAUCUCUUGAACACACCUGGCAUGAUUUCCCAAGACUUUGAUCAGGUCCAUGGAGAAACUGGGCUGAAGCUGUUUGAAUCGUGGGCCAAUUUCUUUGCUGACAGAAUUCUAAGGAUUGCAAGUCUUGUAAGUCUUGGGAGAACAUUCCACAAGGUUGGAACAAAUAUGGUUGAAUUCCUUAACCGGCCAGAGUCCACAAAAAACCAUCCUUUUGUCAUGGUGAUGGGAAAUGGCCAGCAAAUCUCCCAGGCAUUUGUGAUAAUCAAUGGACAGGCUCUGGAGCAGAGCACACUGCUCGCAGCUGUAGAUCUUUGUUUCAAAGCUUUCUAUGUCUUUGACAUGAACUACCCCAAGCAGUGCGCAUCGACCUGGGAGUUCAUGCAGCAUGUCGUCUUCCAAAUAGAGGGCAAUGAAACGUCUGCAGUUCGUUUUCUUCGCACAUCCUUAUUUGCUGAAGAGUAA